AUGUGCGAGCGGGCGGCGCGCCUGUGCAGGGCCGGCGCGCACAGGCUGCUCCGGGAGCCGCCGCCGCAGGGCCGGGCGCUGGGCGGGCUGCUGCGCUGGGUAGGCGCCAGAAUGGGCGAGCCCCGGGCGCCGCUGGCCCCCGACGUCCCCGCCGCCCCCGCCGUGGACCCUGGCCCCUGUCCCGGCCCCGCCUCGCUGCGCGGGGGCACUGCUGUCAUCCUGGACAUUUUCCGUCGUGCGGACAAAAAUGAUGAUGGGAAGUUGUCCUUGGAGGAAUUCCAGCUCUUCUUUGCAGAUGGUGUCCUCAAUGAGAAAGAACUGGAGGAUCUCUUCCACACAAUCGACUCGGACAACACCAACCAUGUGGACACCAAGGAGCUGUGUGAUUACUUUGUGGAUCAUAUGGGGGAAUAUGAGGACGUGUUGGCAUCCCUGGAAACCUUGAAUCACUCUGUCCUGAAGGCCAUGGGCUACACCAAGAAGGUAUAUGAGGGCGGAAGCAACGUGGACCAGUUUGUGACCCGCUUCCUCCUGAAGGAGACAGCCAAUCAGAUCCAGUCACUGCUGAGCUCUGUGGAGAGUGCCGUGGAGGCCAUUGAACAGCAGACCAGCCAGAUCCGACAGAACCACAGCACCCCCGGCCACGGCAUGGUGGAGACCUGGUAUGGAAGCCCCACUCCCCCCUACGCCCCCACCCACAAGCUCAUGACCACAGAACAAGAGAAGAGCUUGCCUUCUGUCAUCUCAGACCCCAAGGAGGAGGGCCUGGAAGCCCAGAUCAGCCGUUUGGCAGAGCUGAUAGGACGGCUGGAAAACAAGACCCUCUGGUUUGACUUGCAGCAGCGCCUCUCAGAUGAAGAAGGAACCAACAUGCAUCUGCAGCUGGUCCGGCAGGAGAUGGUCGUGUACCCUGAGCAGCUGACUGAGUUCCUGGACUCCCUGCGACAGUACCUGCGCGGCACGGCCGGAGCCAGGAACUGUUUCCACAUCGCCGCCGUGAGGCUGUCGGAUGGCUUCACCUUCGUGGUCUACGAGUUCUGGGAGACGGAGGAGGAAUGGAAGAGGCACCUGCAGAGCCCCGUGUGCAAGGCAUUCCGGCACGUCAAGGUGGACACGUUGAGCCAGCCUGAGGCCCUCUCCAGGAUCUCGGUGCCAGCUGCCUGGUGCACCGUGGGCCGAGACUGACAGCUCCCCGAUGCCCUGCGGAUGAGCCUGGCACCCUGCCCUCUCCUUAUAAAGGACGUCCCCUCUUUUCUAGAAACUUUGGUAUAUGAGCUGUCUUUUCAGUCUACUUCCAGACGAGAAUGUAUGUUCCCGCUGUUUGAAGUGAAGGUGAACCCCCUUCCCUGGCAUUCCCCCCGUCCUGCCCACCCCCGUCCCCCCAUGUUGGUAGAGCAGUAUCUGGGCUGCUGGGACCCUGCUGAAACCAGAGGCCUGUGGUGAUGGGGAAGCCUCACCCCAGCUGAAUGGCCACGCAGGCCCAGUGCCCCACCACAUGGCCCACUCUGGCCUCAGCGAGACACCUCUCCGCCACCACCACCUCACCCGCCCUCUCUUCCCCUCCUGGCCGACAUUGCUCUACCUGGUAGGAGCCUGUAGUACCCGACCUAGGCCUGUGCCGAGUCUGCACGCGGCAGUAGCGCCCACGUAGCCAGUGCCACAUUAGGCAGCCGCCGCUGGGACAGGCACCAAAUAAACUCC